UGCGCAGGAAUUCACACGCUCUCUGCUCUCUCAUCUCUUUCGCCGAGCGCAUUCCACGAACACCCCAACUCGUGUUUCGCCCUACCCCAACGGCCGUCGCAUAAAUAUCGACAGUGCUCGACGCUCUUCCUCCCUGCCCUCAGCUGCAACGUUUGUGUGCACGGCGCGCCAGAGUGAUCUCUCUCGCGCGCUUGAUUUGCUUCCUUUCGCCCCUUUUGGAUAUAUUUCGGGGUCGAGUUCAGUUCAUCAGCGGCUAAAACGUGGUCAGGCGCCACAACACACCCGCUGCUGUGCAAUAGGAUGGGUCCCUCUGCCGCUGGACGAGGCAAGCCAAGGCCGCUGCUUGCGGGGGUCUUCCGCAAGGCGUGCGACUACUGUGUGAGGAGCAAGCGCGGCUGCAACGGCGGCACCCCCUGCGAGCAAUGCGUCCGGCGAGGGCAGGGUUGCACCUAUUCCCAGCGGCGCAAGUCAGGCCCUCGCGGUCGGCCGCUCCGCCCACAGCAGCAACAGCAAGCAAUCUCCGCCCGCGCGCUCCCGAGCCCAGCGGUGGUGGUUGGCAACAGAACCUCCGCGAGACGGCACAUGAAGAGGGUGGCGUCUUCGUUCUUCGGCCGCGACAGGGAGGAGGAGGAGGACGGGGACGAGGAGGAGGACGUGGAGGCCUCGGCGGCGGCUGUCUCCCCUUCCCGCACCGUAUCCGUUUCCUCCUCGUCCUCCGGCAGCGAUGGCGGAGGCUCCUCCUCGAGCAGCAGCAGCAGCAGCAGCAGCAGCAGCAGCAGCAGCAGCAGCAGCAGUAGCAGCUCGGUUUGCUCUUCCCUGGAUGACGAGGACCGCAGCAGGGAGGCCGCGGCCUUGUCGGAAGAGGACGGGGAGGCCGGCGACGAUGAGCAGCCGCGGCGACAAAGGAACAAGAGGACCAAGAUCUCCAUCGGCGGCGGCGAGCCGCAGCAGCGAUGUGCCACCUCCCGGCAGGGCCCGGUUCCGGUGUCGCCGAUCUCCAGCCACGGGGGUGACGACCACGCCGCCGAGGACAUAAACAACUCGCCCACGGCGGCGGAGGCGGAGGCGGUGGUGCAACCACUCCCUGUCCUCUCGUCGUCCUUAUCGUCUUCAUCCUCUUCUUCGUGUAGUUCGUUCUUGAAAGAGUCACCGUCUUCUUCCCCCUUGAUCGAUGAGACGUUGCCGCCGCCCCGACAACACUCCCCGCUCACCGUCGGCGCGCUACCGCCGCCGCCGCCGCCCUCCGCUACGUUUCUAAUCAAGCGGUCGAGCGGCCUUCCCGGCUGGGCCCGGGAGGCGUCUACGGAUGCCCAGCAGCAGCUACACCGCUCGAGCGCAGGGGAAGCAGUGCCAGUGUUCAGCAGCAGCACCGCCGGGGGGCGUCACGAGGUAGUAAGCAUGCGGCCUUGGGAGGUUUCGUCGUCGUCGGCGGCGGCAUCGGGGGAAGGUGAUCGGCCUCGCUCGGUGACGCUCGUAAACAUGGCGACGGAGCGGCAGCAGCAGCAGCAGCAGGCACGGGCCCACCAGGCUCCCGCAUUCGCAGUACUAAGGAGCGGUAGCGGCAGCAGCAGCAGCAGCAGCAGCAGCAACAGCAACAAUGACACAGUGUUCGCGUCCAGCCACUCGGCGCAGCAGUCGCUGCCGUCCGUCUGCGACGACCCGAUGGACGUUUCUUCGGCUCAGCAGGGGGUAGCGGCGGCCGCGCGCACCACGCUCGCGGCAUCGAUGAUAUUGGACGGGGGAGCGGAGUUCAUGAAGGACGUGGAGGACGAUGACGACCUGGAGUGCUGCCCGUGGCAUAUCCCUUCUCUCACGCGCGAGAUGUCUCUGGCGAGGGUCGUGGCGGGGCUAGGUGGGGAGCAGCUCGCCUCUUCUCAGCAUCACGUCGGCUUCGAAGGCAGCUUUGCCACUGCCGGUUGGUGA